CAUGAGCUAUCCCCCAAGGUGAAAGGGGCACCCAGGGGCCACCACCCUCCCCAUUGCAAAUGACUCCACUCCUUGGGAUGCAAGCCUGGCUCGCCAGGGUUUCUAGUUUUCCACUUGAGUGUCCAAGGGCCCAUGGCGCACGUGCAGUGGUUACCUCCACCCUCGGGAGGCGGGGUCGCGCUCUGCCAAUAAGAGCUGGAGGCGGGGGUGGAGGGUAGGGAAGAUUCCAGAGGCCCACGGAGGGAGUUAUAAAAGAGGGUGCUGGCGGCCUUGGAUAGAGCCAUGCAGUCCAAACGCGAGUGUGAGCAAUGGUGUGAAAGAGUGAAUCCUGAGAACAAGGCGGCCUUGGAGGCAUGGGUUAGAGAGACGGGCAUUCACCUGGUGCAGGUGAACGGGCAGAGGAAAUACGGCGGGCCACCCCCAGGCUGGGUGGGAAGCCCACCGCCGGCUGGGUCAGAGGUGUUUAUCGGACGGCUGCCCCAGGACGUGUAUGAGCACCAGCUGAUUCCACUAUUCCAGCGCGUGGGCCGCCUCUACGAGUUCCGCCUAAUGAUGACCUUCAGCGGCCUGAACCGCGGCUUCGCCUACGCCCGCUAUAGCUCGCGGCGCGGCGCCCAGGCCGCCAUCGCCACGCUGCACAACCACCCGCUGCGGCCCUCCUGCCCGCUGCUGGUGUGCCGCAGCACUGAGAAGUGCGAGCUGAGCGUAGACGGAUUGCCGCUGGGCGUAAGCCGCCGCGCGCUAUUGCUUGCGCUGCAGCCGCUGGGUCUCGGCCUGCAGGAGGCGCUGCUGCUGCCCAGUCCCGGACCUGCGCCCGCACAGAUCGCGCUGCUGAAAUUCAGCUCGCACCGCGCAGCUGCCAUGGCCAAAAAGGCCCUGGUAGAAGGGCAAUCACGCCUCUGUGGAGAACAGGUGGCUGUGGAGUGGCUCAAGCCAGACCUGAAGCAGCGACUGCGCCAGCAGCUCAUGGGUCCCUCUAUGCGGUGCCUACAACCAGAUAGCAACCGACUAGCCCUGGCCAGGGACAAGCUAGGGUCCCAAGGGGCUAGGGCUGCCUUGCAGCUACUCUGCCAAAGAAUGAAGCUGGGCAGCCCAGUAUUCCUCACCAAGUGUUUGGGCACAGGACCUGCUGGCUGGCACCGUUUUUGGUACCAGGUAGUGAUCCCUGGGCAUCCAGUGCCUUUCAGUGGCCUCAUCUGGGUUGUACUGGCUCCAGAUGAGCAGGACGGGCAUGAGGUGGCCAAGGAUGCUGUGUCUGCACGGCUUCUGGAGGCACUGAGUGAUUCUGGGGCCAGCCUCCUGUGGUAUGCUGGGGCUGAGGCAGGUGCUAUGGUUAAGCAGUGACCUCAUCCUCUCCACAGGCAGCUUGAACAGGUAGGCAGAGCCUGUGUCUGUCUGCAGCCCAGCAGGCCUGGGCAGUCACUAUCUGAUCCCACAAGGGGAAGUGGCACAGGCCCUGCCCUAGGCCUGAGACAGCCACCCUGCUGGGACAGGGCCCCAUCACACCUGGGGCUUUGUCUUAAGUUGUGGUGAGGGACCUUGGCCUCCCCCUUUGAGCCUAGGGUCUAACCUGACCCUGUAUUCUUCCUUG